CUACAAAUCUCUCCCAAAUCCUUGCCUUCCCAUCGCUGAUCCAACCGCGACCUUCUCUUUCUUUUCGGCCCCGAAAACCUAGCUUUUCUCAGCGUUCUACUUGCAAGAAAUGGCGCGGACGAAGCAGACGGCGAGGAAGUCCACCGGCGGCAAGGCACCCCGGAAGCAGCUUGCGACGAAGGCCGCGAGGAAGUCGGCGCCGGCGACGGGAGGCGUGAAGAAGCCCCACCGUUUCCGCCCCGGUACAGUGGCGCUGCGGGAGAUCCGCAAGUACCAGAAGAGCACGGAGCUUCUCAUCCGGAAGCUGCCCUUCCAGCGGCUUGUCCGGGAGAUCGCCCAGGACUUCAAGACCGACCUCCGCUUCCAAAGCUCCGCCGUGUCGGCUCUGCAGGAGGCGGCGGAGGCCUAUUUGGUGGGGCUCUUCGAAGACACCAACCUCUGCGCUAUCCACGCCAAGCGUGUCACGAUCAUGCCCAAGGACAUUCAGCUCGCACGCCGUAUCCGUGGGGAGCGCGCCUGAAGAGUUUUGAGGCGGUCUCCUGCGGUUACGGGGUAGUGUGGUAGAGGAGGGGGGCAAUGGGUUAUCUGAUGGAAUGGGGUCGGGCGGAAUGGCUGAUGGUAUCAUUUGUAUGAUAGAAAGAUUAUGGCUUCUUAGUUUCUCUUCUUUUUUACUGGAUGUUAGGAUUUGAAAAUCCAGGGUUUUUGGAUGUUUUAUGGAUGAUCUUGGCCUCUCCGUGGAGAAAGGAAAUGUUUUAAUUUUGUCUAGAUAUUUUUUUCCUCCUCCUAUCUUCAUUUCGGUUAUUGGAAACGUAAUUAGAAGCCUUUUUGUUUGUCUAA